UAAAACAGUUGCAAAAUACUGCAGUUCGAGCGGGAAAUCGAGUAUGUAAACGUCUUUACCGUUGGUCUAAAAUAAAGUUUAUGUUAAAUGUUGAUAAAUCUAGGAUUGUAUGAAAAUAUUUUCCAAGAGUAUUGUUUGUUGUUCUUGUAAUGUAAAACUAGUGUGCUGUAUAAAGUCGCUUCUAACAAAAACGAUAAUUGAUUCGACAGGCGCAUAGAAUGGCCAACCCAGGCGUCCUCCGGACUCGCCCAAUUCUCGCAGAAAUCCCGGCAAGAAUGGGCCAACCACCACCACAACAACGGGUCGCUACUCCGGUGAUGACAAAUGGACGAAUCGCACUGGACCCUAGACUGAUUGAUAAUUCUGCGGCUAACAUCCCCGAUAGCUAUCUGUCCCCUCGCAUGUCGCCCGAAGAAGCAGUAAUUCAGCAGCGGGGAAGACGCCGUGUACCAAUCAUUUGGAGUCCGGAAAAGUUCUUUCAUUUGUCACCUAAUAAAACACCAACGAAAAGCCUCACAGCGAUGACGCUCCGAAGUUCACCGCGCAAACGAUGUCUCAUGCAAGAGCUUUCCGAUGCCUCAUCAUCUACUUUGGAAAAUAGUCUUGGAUCACCAACUAAGCGUAAUCCUCCGGCUAGAUACUCCGCUGGCACUGUUAAAAAAAUGCGUUUGGAAGAGGGAUCUAUUAAUCGAAACAAAUAUGACAUUCCGUUAGACACUCUGCUCAAGGGUCUUAGUCAAGAUCAACUGAUUUCCAUGAUAACUGGCAUGGUAAGGGGAAAUCCUCGACUGGAAGAAGCAGUUCGUAGUGAACUGCCAAUACCGGAUAUCGCUCAGCUAGAAGAACAACUGAAUUAUCAGAAGAAAAACAUUUUCAAGACUUUGCCUGCCACGCGUUUGGUUAGCAAAACGGACAGUCCAGCUUACGCACGCGCUGCGACCCAUUUGGCAUCGUUCAAGAAGAUGCUUAUUGAUCACAGCCAAACACUGCAUAACUCGAAACAUUGGGAUGCCUUACUUGAUUACGUCAUGAUGGCUUGGAACUAUACACGGGCUACACCUGUUUGGGAUAAUUCUGCCCACAAUGCUGUUCGCAGACAUUGCUUCAAGAUACUGGUCUACCACGCCAGUAGCGCCUUGAAAUACGGACAGGCAGAACUGGGACAGGAAAGGUUGAAUAAAUUCCAGCAACAAAUAAAAACAAUGGCCAAUGACUGCGAAGAUGUCAAAGAUUGUUCCACAAUAAUUAAUUGUCUGCUAGAUUAAAUUUGAAUUAUUAGAAACCAUAGCUACUUAUUACUCAAUCAGGAUUUAGUACAAGAAUGGAAAAAGUUCAAAUAAUUGCGCAUGCCAUUGCUUAUAAUAACAUUUUUUUAAAUCUAUUACUAUUGGUGAUUUUCAACCUUCAAUAUAGGAGCAAUUGAAGCUGGUUUUCGUUUCGUGCUAAACUAUACUGUAUUAGCAAUAUCGACUGAUGACUGCAUGUUAAAGAUAAAUACUUUGUAAUUUUCUACUAAAAAUGUUCAAUAAAGAUUGAUGAAU